GGGAAUCAUUGCGAGUCUAGGAGGAGUUGCGGCAAGGUCGGCUAUCAGCAUCCUUCGAACAAAAAAGCGCUGAAAAAAGACAAGACUGCGGACACUGUUUGAAUCGAUAGGAACGGACUGGAAGCCACCACGUCGCGUGCCGUCUCGGACCAUUUAGCUAUCCGUGCUAUGAAAUUUACAGCUGAAAGUUAAAGCCUUUUUUCUCCCCCUGACAGCCUGUUUAGUUAGCUAGCCAGCUAGCUAGCUAUCUACCAUUCUCCAUUUGUAUCCGCAUGUCUAGGGCUGUGCUACCAGUAGCAGUUUGCGAAAGGCUCUGCUGAAUUCGGAAGCUCUGCAUUUUCCAUGCACCCGCAUCCAGACGGUCUACCGGCGAAGUAGAAAGAGUGCCUGAUACCGCUACUUUUAUGUUGGAACCCGCUGAUACCGGCUUUAGAAUCGGUGUUCAGAUCUGGUUGCACACGAGCGGUGUCAGACAAUUAGCUCACUAGAUUGAUAUCAAUUUAAAAAGAGCUGUUCUUAAUUAUUCAUCGGUUAUAGUAGCUAGCUAGUUAGCUAGCCAUGUCCGCGCCAUCAUCGUCCACUUCUCCCGCCCCGGGAGAGAAGCCCCCUUCAGAACAAGAAGGACUGACGGUGGACGCUGGUUUGAAACCCGCGGGUCCGACGCCGAGCCAGAGCAGGUUUCAGGUGGAUCUGGUGGCCGAGGCAGCCAGCGCCACCGCUGGGGAUGCCAAAACGACCGACGAAGAUGCCUCCCCGCAGACAGCUGACGAGAAGGCUUCUCCCGCCGCGGGUAAGGCACCCGAGGGGUCGGAGCAGCCGGCGGCUGGCGAGGAGGCGAAGGGCAGAUUUCGGGUGGUGAACUUCGUGGAUCCCAGCGGUGCCGGGAGCCCCCCGGACGCGGUGCCCCCGGAGGGCGUCCAGAACGGAGACACGGUGAUGAGCGAGGGCAGCCUGCACUCUUCGACCGGAGGCCAGCAUCACUACCACUACGACACCCACACCAACACCUAUUACCUGAGGACUUUUGGCCACAACACUAUCGACGCGGUGCCGAACAUCGACUUCUACCGGCAGACCGCGGCGCCGCUCGGGGAGAAGCUGAUCAGACCCACCCUGUCAGAGCUGCACGACGAGCUGGACAAGGAGCCCUUUGAGGACGGCUUCGCCAAUGGGGAAGAGCUCACCCCCGCAGAGGAGGCGGCGGCCAAAGAGGCGGCGGAGUCGAAGGGCGUGGUCAAGUUUGGGUGGAUUAAAGGUGUCCUGGUACGCUGCAUGCUCAACAUCUGGGGUGUGAUGCUCUUCAUCCGCAUGUCCUGGAUCGUGGGCCAGGCCGGCAUCGCUCUCUCCUGUGUGAUCAUUCUCAUGGCCACGGUUGUGACGACCAUCACCGGCCUCUCCACCUCAGCGAUAGCAACCAAUGGAUUUGUACGAGGAGGUGGAGCGUACUAUUUGAUAUCCAGGAGUCUGGGCCCGGAGUUUGGCGGGUCCAUCGGCCUCAUCUUCGCCUUCGCCAACGCUGUGGCCGUUGCCAUGUAUGUGGUGGGCUUUGCAGAGACCGUUGUCGAGCUGCUGCAAAGCAUGGAUGCCCUCAUGACCGACGAGAUCAACGACAUCCGGAUCAUCGGCACCAUCACCGUCAUUGUGUUGCUGGGCAUCUCUGUGGCAGGGAUGGAGUGGGAGGCCAAGGCCCAGAUCUUCCUGUUGAUCAUUUUGAUCAUGGCCAUCAUCAACUAUUUCAUUGGGACAUUCAUCCCCAUGGAGUCUAAGGAAUCCAGAGGCUUCUUUGGCUAUAAAGGCGAAAUCAUGAUGGCGAACAUGGGUCCAGACUUCCGAGGCGAGACCUUUUUCUCCGUCUUUGCCAUCUUCUUCCCGGCGGCAACGGGCAUCCUAGCCGGUGCCAACAUCUCGGGAGACCUGGCGGACCCACAAAUGGCCAUUCCAAAGGGGACUCUGUUGGCCAUAUUGAUCACUGGAAUUGUUUACCUGGGUGUGGCCAUUUCUGCAGGGUCUUGCAUCGUGCGCGAUGCCACCGGAGCCAACACCACAGUCAGUAGCCAGAUGCAUUGCACUGGUGUGGCCUGCAAAUUCGGCUAUGACUUCUCCUCCUGCAAUAGCACAAAAUGUGAUUAUGGGCUCCAGAAUGACUUCCAGGUUAUGAGUGUGGUGUCUGGCUUCAGUCCCCUCAUCACUGCCGGGAUCUUCUCCGCCACCCUGUCCUCCGCCCUGGCCUCGCUGGUCAGCGCCCCCAAAGUCUUCCAGGCUUUAUGCAAAGACAACAUCUACCCUGGCCUGAGCAUGUUCGCCAAGGGCUACGGCAAGAACAAUGAGCCUCUGCGUGGGUACAUCCUGACGUUCUGCAUCGGCCUGGCCUUCAUUCUCAUCGCCGAGCUGAACAUCAUCGCUCCCAUCAUCUCAAACUUCUUCCUCGCCUCUUAUGCCUUAAUCAACUUCUCUGUGUUCCACGCCUCCCUGGCUAACUCCCCAGGGUGGCGUCCCAGCUUCAAGUACUACAACAUGUGGGUGUCCCUGGCCGGGGCUGUGCUCUGCUGUGUGGUCAUGUUCGUCAUCAACUGGUGGGCGGCCCUGCUGACCAACGUCAUCGUCAUGGCACUCUACAUCUACGUCAGCUACAAGAAGCCAGAUGUGAACUGGGGCUCCUCCACGCAAGCGUUGACCUACCACCAGGCCUUGACCCACAGUCUGCAGCUCAGUGGGGUGGAGGACCACAUCAAGAACUUCAGACCCCAGUGCCUGGUGAUGACUGGAUACCCCAACUCCCGUCCAGCUCUGCUCAACCUGGUCCACGCCUUCACCAAGAACGUGGGCCUGAUGAUCUGUGGGCAUGUCCGCACGACUUCCCGCAGGCCGAACUUCAAGGAGCUCGCAAACGACCAGAUCCGCUACCAGCGCUGGCUGUUGAGGAACGAGACCAAGGCCUUCUACACGCCUGUGUUCGCUGAAGACCUGAGGCAAGGAUCCCAGUACCUAAUGCAGGCUUCCGGUCUGGGUCGCCUCAAGCCCAACACGCUGGUGAUCGGCUUCAAGAACAACUGGCGGGAGGGUGACAUGAAGGACGUGGAGACCUACGUCAACAUGAUCCACGAUGCGUUCGACUUCCAGUAUGGUGCCGUUGUCAUCAGGUUGAAGGAGGGCCUGGACGUUUCACAUAUUCAAGGCCAAGAUGAUUUGCUGUCAUCCCAGGAGAAGACCUCAGGAAUGAAGGACGUCAUUGUGUCCAUCGACAUGAGCAAAGACUCGGAUGGCGACUCCUCCAAGCCGUCCUCCAAGGCCACUACCGCCCAGAACAGCCCGGCGAUACAGAAAGAUGAUGACGACGACGUCAAGGCCCCCACGCAGCCCCUGUUGAAAAAAGAUAAAAAGAGCCCCACCGUUCCGCUGAACAUGGCUGACCAGAGGCUGCUGGAGGCCAGUCAGCAGUUCCAGAAGAAGCAGGGGAAAGGGACCGUGGAUGUGUGGUGGCUGUUCGACGACGGCGGGUUGACUCUGUUGAUCCCCUAUCUGCUGACGAACAAGAAGAAGUGGAAGGACUGCAAGAUCCGCGUGUUCAUCGGCGGCAAAAUCAACAGGAUCGACCACGACCGCAGAGCAAUGGCUACCCUGCUCAGCAAGUUCAGGAUAGACUUUUCAGACAUCAAUGUCCUUGGGGACAUCAACACCAAGCCAAAGAAAGAGGGCAUGGUAGCCUUUGACGAGAUGAUCGAGCCGUACAGGCUGAAGGAGGAUGACAUGGAGCAAGAGGCGGCGGAGAAGCUGAAGGCGGAGGAGCCCUGGAGGAUCACUGAUAACGAGCUGGAGCUGUAUAGGGCCAAGACGAAUCGGCAGAUAAGACUGAACGAACUGCUGAAGGAGCACUCAAGCACAGCCAACCUCAUUGUCAUGAGUAUGCCCCUGGCGAGGAAAGGUGCGGUGUCCAGCGCGCUCUACAUGGCCUGGCUGGAGUCCCUGUCCAAGGACCUGCCCCCGAUCCUCCUGGUGCGUGGCAACCACCAGAGUGUCCUCACCUUCUACUCUUAAACUCCCGCCGCCUCGCGGGGGGCCUCGACACAAACCCAUUGCCAUCUAAGCGAAAAGAAGGGUUAAAAAAAAACGAGCAACUGAUAGUGAUGAUCUUAAUAAUGAUACCCGUAAUAGUAAUGCUAGCGAAAACCGGCCGCGCCGCCGGCGACCACCAUCCAUCGUCUCGCAACGUCUGGUGACGUCUACCCAACUCCUGCAAAAUGGAGGCUGAAGCUGUUUUGGAGGGGAAGGGGGGGCCUUCUUGUACCCUUGUAGUGACUUCAGUAUGUCAACACUCCCUCUGGUCUCGAAACAGAUCGGGAAAAAAAGAGAAACAAAUGAACAAAUUUCUUUGUUUUUUUGCUUAAACACACCCAAGCAUGCAAUUCAUAUUAUUAUUAUUAUUAUUAUUGUUGUCAUUAUUAAGCUAUCAAUAAUUUUGCUCAUUGAAGCAGCAAUAAUCACCAGUUUUCCUUUUCCUCUGUUGGGUGAAACCAUGCAGAAUGCUUUGCAACACCUUUUAUAGCCUUAAGGAUGUGCCUUCCAUGUGAAUCAAAUUUAAUUAAACUUCUCUGCCCUGAUUAAUCGUAUGACAGCAUAUAUGGAUGGAUAUGAUUAUUUUUGUUACUGGGUUUUAAAUGUUAAAAAUUCUGGUUUUAUUGGGGGGGGUUUAUGCAAGUGGACUUAAAUAGCAAGGUAUUCCACUCAUUUGCAUAAAAAGCUGGUGUUCUGGUGUUUUUUUUUCCUCAAAAUUUCAAUUGAUUUUUGUCCUCCAUUUUGAGUCUUCCUUUAAACUAUAAAUGAAUGAAAUUUGUUCCUUAAAGCGGUUCCCUCUGCAAUCACCAGAGCCUCGGCGAUCUGCUCAUAUUCAUGCAGUUAUAUGAAACUGCACAUUGCAUUGGUGAUGGUAAAAGUUUGCUUUCAUAUCUAUCUCUGUGUACAAAACAUGCAGAUAUGAGCAUAAGUCCAGAUCACCCUCUGCCAGAUAAAGACUGCAUCUGAUUAACCAGGGGGACACAUUUAGACUCAUUCAUGCAUGAAAGGACUGUAGUCUUGGAAUGGAAGGGACAUCAGAGCUGCUAAACAACAAGUGUUUUAACCAAAAAAAAUUGAAAAGAAAAUUAUUUCUGAACCCUGGCUGGUGUAACCCUACAAAGGAACCGAUGUAAUCCUACAUAAGAAUAGGACUUUUGCCUUAAUUAGAGUAAUGAUUGUUGUAUUUUAUUACUUUUUUAUGAUUCCUCUUAAGCCAUACUGGCUGACUGAUUAAUGAAUGGGGAAAUAUAGUUAUAUUGUAGAUAGAAGGGUAGGUGCAUAUAGAGAAUGUAACGUCGAUCUAUAGUAGAUAUUUUAAAAAUGCAUAAAUAUAUUCCAUCUUCCAGUCCCACCACCCUCAGUUUCAGGAGUGCUUUUUCCGCCCCUCCCGUCACGUAGAAAGUUCUGGAGUGAUGUCGCGAGUUGCGCUCUCGGCCCGACUGGCGGAAAGCUGUCAGCUGGUGAGCGCCUGCGUGUGAAUCUCACGCUGUUGCUGUGAGAGGGUUCAUCCGGGGUCUCUCUCUGCACGACUGGCCCAAACGGCAAGGGGCCUGCUCUCGUGAACCGACCUCUCAGAUAGCGGUCGCGCUUCUCCAGAGACCGCUAGGUGGUGUGGGAUUAAUGGCAACUCCUUUGUCCCCUCCUCCCCCCACCCCCUCCCCUCUGGUGGACUACCGUUUCACCAUGGGAAAGCUCCCAGCCCGUUCUUACAUGCAUUUGGUUCUCAGAUGUGAUUUUAACGCCAUACCUUUUUUUUUUCUUUUUUUGCAUAGCCUGUAUUUGUAUAAAGUGUCAUGCUGUUCAUUUGUAGGUACAAUCGUCUGGAGGGGGAGGAUCCAUUUCCCAAUUGAAGUAUAGUACGAAUGUUACAUGCAUUUUAAGGGGCCUCCUUGAAUCAGGUUGAUACCUCUAUGCAGAUGUGGUUUCGUAGUGAGCGUUUGUGAUAUAGGGGGGGCCACCUUUCUGAGAAAUCCUAAAAGGUUUCAGUUUCCCGAACUGAUGGUCUCAGCUUUAAGUCCAGAAUACCAGAUUUCUGUUUCAGUUUUUGACAUGUGUGAAUUUGGCCAUCCCAAGCGUGAAGGAACAGGGUCCAGAUAAGGGUGUCCUUCGGACACCAUGCUGUCUCAAUAACCUGCCAGAGCUCCGUGGCUUGUACCAUCUUGGAGCUCAUUAUGGGGGGUGGGGAGGUUCAAAAGGACCCACAUUGGUGGGGUCAACUAAUCAGGCUUCUGUUGCAGCACUGCCAGACCCCCCCACCCCACAAACAUCCAAAAGUGAGGAGUGUUCUUCAGACUGCCUCAUACUUCCUGGUCAAACAGGGGUCUCUUUUUUUUUUUUUUUUUUUCUCCAUUAUUGCUCACGCCUUACACAGCAAACUGUUUGUUUCGUCGUCACAGAGUUUGUAAAAGACUACUUCCUCUCCCUUUUGAUCUAAUCCCACAAGCAUUAGAAUCGUCUAGCGUGAAUGUAGUGUUUGGCACAUGGGAAGGUCAAAUUGAAUGUAAACGUGAUACACUAAAACGAAGUGGAGCCAAUGCUGGGGUACAGCGUCCUCGUGAAUUAUUUUUUUAUUAUCUUCUCGUGGCUUCAGGGGUUCUGCUGUGCUGUUUUCUCACCAUAUAUUUCAAGCUGCUUUUUUGGGGGGGGUGGUAAGUUGGGGGAAGGGUCUCAUUUCUGAUCCCCCAAAACCCUUGUGGAAAUAUCAGUUGAGGCUUGGUCUGUAUUUCAGGUUAUGUUCAAUAUAAACACCCACAUGACUGCAUCCCACCAAUCUGUGUUCAUUUUCAAUAUAAAUACACCAUGCGAUUAUGAACGUUUUUGAAUUGAUCUAUAUAUAUAUAUAUAUAUACCAAUGUAUAAAAGAUAACUUUGAAGUAUGUGCAAAGCAUGUAAUUACCUUUUUGAAAUGGGUGGGGGAAUUCUACAGUUCCAGAUGGUACUGAUUUGCAAUCUACUUGUCAAAGAUCUCACCUGUUUACCCCUGUACAGCGCCCAGCCUCCCCAACAGUUUUGAAUUGACCAAGAGCACGACCAUCCGUGUUCUUAGUUUUUUUGAGAAAAUAUAAAUUGGAGGGAGAGGGUUUUACCUUUUGAAGAUGUCACAUAACUUGCUAUUGAUAUUUAUGUCACAACCAAAUACUGUGUGUUUGUGUGUGCGUGUGCGUGUUAUUCAUUGAUAUAUAUAUAGACACACAUCGAUGUAUAGAUUCACAUAGCUGGUGAGGUGUGACGAAUUAUUACUCCUGUAGCAUCCUCUAGCGUUUUAUUCAUCCGUUUCUGAGGCUGUGUUCUAUCCAAGGCGAGUCACCUGUCGGUCGUGUUUAUUCUCAUUCCAUUUCAUACCUCUGUGUUUUCCACCCGUUCACUUGUCUGUAGCCAAAGUUCUCUCUUUCCUUCUCUGUAAGUCGUGAACCAUGAAAACGAAUGAAAAAUCAAAGCAAUGUUCAUACGCAUAAAGCCGACCCUAGUUCACACUGUUAUUCUUAACUAACCUGUAAAUAACUAGUUGUCUAACGAGAUAAAUUAAGGGAGUGGAAUAUUAAUGGCAAAUUAAUA